AUGACUCGUCCCUCAACCCAUAGUAGGAAUUGCAGCGACGCAAAGCAGGAUAGAAGUUGCUGCCAGGUCGUACGGAGGGAUCACGGCAGUUUAAUCGAUUACUUCCACAUGCGCGAGGACUGGCGAGAACAGCAAGAGCCAAUUUGCAUCGAUCUGCGAAACCAAAGUUCACCCAGUGGUGUCACCGAUCAGUCCCGUCACAAGAUCCGUUGCUUGGGAGGAAGAGUUCUUACACUGAUCUCUGAGACGCGAUUUCCAGCUUACUGGGUACAGGCGGUAGCUCGUCGGACCCCGCGCAAGUCAUUCUCCAGCACAAUAGAAGCUGGUCAAAAGACACACAAGCUUCUGAUGCCGGCCUUGAAGGAAGGGAAAGUCAUCCCGUACAUUGCUGCCAUACAUGCAUUUCCCUGCUCACAAUUGUCAGUACGAGAACCUCACAUGGCACAACGAGGCACAGCGAGCAAAAUUAUUCAAUCUGCAGUGCAAGAGGUAGCCAAGUGUACGUGA